GAGAAAAUGGAUGUCUAGGACAUGAAUAGGAACACAGGAAAAGCCUUUGUGCUGAAGAACUGAGGAGGGAACUAAGGAGGAGCCCACUGGCAGGUUGCAUCCAGUAAUAUUCCAGGAUGUAUCAGAGCAAUGGGACUCAUCACUUUGGUUUAAGUGAGGAUGGAGGGUCGGUCCGGUCCAGUGGCUUCUCAAUCAAUGAAACAUCUUCACAGAGGUCCAGUCUAUCGAGGCCCAGUGGCAAAGCCAUAUACUUACAGAGAAAGGGAUAUGCGUCCAUAGUGAAGCAGCCUGGGAGUUUCCAGUACAGAGUGGAGCACCUGUUCACCUGCGAGGUAGACGGCAGGGAUGUUCGUGACGUGGAGGACUGCAUAGCACAGCUGAAGGUUCUGGAUGCCAGGGGCAGGGUGUGGGGACAGGACAUGGUGCUGGAAGUGCAGGCUGGCAGUCUGCAGCUCAUUGACAUUGAGACUAAGGAGGACCUUGAGUCCCUGCCUCUGGCCAGCAUCACUGAGACCAUGGCCCUGUUGGACACAUGCAUCUAUAACUCCAUGCUGGCGAUCACAGUGCGGGAGCGUCUCAAAGGGACAACCAGCAUCUUCUUAUUCCAGUGUGAGGAAGUGAGGGCAGAACUCAUCAAAACUGAUCUGGACAGAACUAUUCGACUGGGAAUGAUGGACAUGGGGAACCAUGUGGAAAAUUCAUUUGGCCAACAAGAUUCAGGAGGUUUAUACAGCACUGAGCCACUGACAUAUAGAUGGAAUGAUCCAGAUUAUGAGGAGGGCAGCCUUCCGCCCUCCAGGGAAGAGCCAGAACGAGAGUUAGCCCCGGAACCCCAGGAGGAGGCCCCCCCACAGGUGUACACAGAGACUGAGAGAAAUGUGGAUAUUCUGAACCACAUUCUGAAUGAUGUGGAGAUGUUCAUGGGCAGGGUACGAGCACUGCUGGCCAAGGAGGACAAGAAAAAGAAGAAAUUAUUGAACAUUAAGAAGAGCAAGAAGAAAGCCUCUGAGGAUAUGCCUGCCUCGGAGGAAUUUGCAACCUGUCUACAGAAACUCAAGUUUGGGUUCAACCUGCUGGGCAUGCUGAACGGUGAGAUCAGCAAUCCCAGCGCUCCUGAAUUCACCCAUUGCUUCUUCUCCAUCCUGGACUUUCUGGUGCCUCAGUGUCCCCCGGACCUGCCCUCCACCAUCGUCUCCCCUCUGCUGACAGAUCAGACCAUCAAGCUCCUCAGCGAGGAGGCCACCCCAGAAGAGGACCAGCUCUGGCAGUCCCUGGGCGAAGCCUGGAAUAUUCCCAGUUCAAAAUGGCCAGACGAUGAUGAAGAAGACGAAAUCCCUCCCUACUUCCCAGAGUUUGACGAUGGUUGGGAGCCCCCCACAGUGGUCGAAGCUCCCCCAAAAAUGAGCCCGGCAAAUAAGAUAAGAGACAAUAAUAGACCACCGCCACCCCCUGAAAGAGAACCACAGAGAACCCAGCGCCCACAGACUCCUGUUCUAUGGAAACCGCCAAAAAUACGUGCGGAUGAAUCACCGGCCCUCCACAUGCGCGUGAUGUACGACUUCACGGCCAGGAACAGGAGGGAGCUGAGCAUCAUGAAGGAUGACGUGGUACAGGUCCUGGAUCAGUCAAAGCAGUGGUGGAAAGUGCGUAACUCUGAGGGGGUGGAAGGCCACGUGCCCCAUAACGUGCUGGUGUCUGUGGGGGAGGAGGUGGAGGACGAGCCCAAGGACAUGAACUUGCCUCCAUCCUUGAACAAGAGAUCCAAACCAGAGGAGGUGAAGGCUUGGUUGGAAUACAAAGAGUUUUCAAAAAUUACCGUGCGCUGUCUGGGCGUGCUCAAUGGUUCCCUGCUCCUCGGCAUGUCUCGGGAGGAGCUGAAGCAGAUGUGUCCGGAGGAAGGGGGGAGGGUCUUCUUCCAGUUACAGAACGUGAAGAACUCCCUGGCGCUGGCCAAUCAGAGCGGAAAAAUCCGGUACUAACACCAGGCAUGGAAGAGACAAAGGAAGUACAGCAGGACAAGGGAACAGAUGCUAAUGCAUCAGAACAACAUGCAAACAAAGGAAGAGGAUACAUUCUGUUCCAGCCUUUAUAAUGUAUUACUCAAUAUAUGACAGGUGUAGAUUUCUGCACAGAAUGCCAAUAUGCUACAUUGCACCAACUGACAGAACACUGCUGCUUAGACUUAGGAGGACUAUUUUGAGUGUUUUCCUGUUAUAGAAUUAGCAGUGGCACUGUUAUCAUGAACUACACAUUUAUAAAUACAGUCUAUUAAGAUCAUGUCAAGAUAAAUACAUAUGAAAGAUCAUAUCAAUUAUACAAUGAUAUGUUUAUGUAAGCUAUGUAAGUUCUUGCAAACAUGGUCAGGAACACUGAUGCUCUGAUGCUCUAGAGACAUUUUUCUCAUGAUUCAGUUGAUAAUUCAGUUGUAAAUUAUUUCUACCUUGUUUUACCGCCUCUUGUGUGAAAACUGCAUUUACACGUUUGAUUAGUUUGUGUGCU